AUGAACAGGCGAAUUGACAAGUCUAGCCACGUGAAGAGGGAAGGGGGAUACAAAAACCAAGUGGGAGAACCCAAGGGAAGCAAAAGCGAUCUUCGAAAUAAAUCAGCAGAAAGGUCGAUCCAUUCGAAGGGCCACAAUAAUGAGAGAAGCCAAAGCAGAGAACCCUUCCCUCAUAAGUGGAAUCCCGCAACCCACUCGAAAAAGGAGUUGAAAAAUCGCCAUAGCAACAGAGGGGGGAGUCAAGAAAUGUUUGGCGGUUCUGGCAGAAGACCAAAUGAGGGUGGUGACGUCAGGAAUGCAGACGCUCGAACUGGAAUCGGGCGAAGUGCCCACAUGCGAACCGCUAAACCUCCAACUAUCACACACGGCGUAAGACAGAUGGCACACCCACUUCCCAACCAGAGAGAAGUAAACAUGGUGGUGCAUCACAAAAAGGGGAACAUUGACAAAAGUGCGUACUCGAAAAAACACCACGAAAAUAUUCACAGAGGGAAACCACUAAUGAACUUGUUGAAGAAGCCCGAGGGGACCCUUCCCAAUCCAUCUCAUAAUAACUCGAAACACAGGGACGUCUCCCAGGAGAGUUUCCACAGGGGCUUACCAAACAGUCGACUCAUCAGGAAGGAAAAUAGCACUCAUUCGAACCCUAUGCUGACUCUCGACACGAAGGGUAACAAACCAACUCAAAAUCGGAGUGACCUGAUCAACGCCCGAAUGGAAGAAGAACAUUUUUUGAAGAAAAAUAAAACGACACAAAACUUCCUCGACAGGGAGACAACAAGACAGAGGGAAAAUAUGGGAAUCCCUCAGGAGGAACCAUGCAACAAAAAAAUAAUGGCAGAGCAUCCAUCCCACUGUGUCCACUUGAAUGAUCGACGCAGCAGGGAAGGAAACACCGAUCAGUCCCACUUCACAUACAUGAGAAACAACGCCACGUCAAAACGUUCGGAAAUUCCAAUGCAGGGAAAAAAGCACGAACAAAGAAGACACGAACACAUGAACCAUGGUAAGAACAUCCUACAAGGAGAUCACCUUCAUCACGUCAAAGAGCAGCAACAGAGAGACAGGGUGAUGCCCCCCCACAAGGAAGAUGCAACUGCAAAAUGUACCCAUGGAACGUACUAUAAAAAUAGUGCAGGAAGAAAUGAAAAUAGCCAUUCAGAAAAGAUAACCAAGGGGACGAUCAUCCAGAAGAACUGCAUUCGAUCUGUUCACGGUAGGUCCAGGAACCUUGAACAACCGAUGAACAGAACGCACCCCCAGUUUGGCAGAAGCAGAGUUAGCCAGAUGGGGAACCUGGUGAGGAAGUCAAAUGGGGAGAGAUACAGAAGAAGGGGAAUACCUUCCAAUGGAACUACAAACACUUGGAGUGAGUCCAGCGUUCCUGUCGAUUCAAGCGAGUCGGGCAGCUCAGGGCCAGGUAAUACCAGUGGCAAUCCCCUCCGUAAGGUCAACUCGGGAAGGCGCCCUUUCUUCCCAAAGGCAAACUCAUUUCUAAUGACACAGCUAUCUAUUCUCUCAUUGAAAGAUCCACAGAAAACUACACAGACAAAAAGCUACAUAUCGAUAAAAAACGUGCAUCAUCAGAAGGCCAUUUGGAACGGUUCAUAUCCUUCUAGUGGUCCCAAAAGUAGUAACCCAACGCAGGCGCCUUUCACGACAAGCGCUCCAUACACAUCUGCUACACGGGAAAAUACUUUUAACAAAAAUAGAGAUCGGUUGAACACACGGGGAGGAAGCAACAGUCUUCUUUUCAACUUGCCAAACAAAAGUGACCACUCACAUAAGGGCGCCAGAGAGAAUUACUCUUACCAUCCACAUGAACAUGCUCAACCGAACAGACACAUUAGAUGUGACAAAAACGACCCCUCUUAUGGACUGAGUUCAGAGGAGUUCCACCUCACCACUGAAAAAUUCAAACGAGAGGUGAAAGCAUCCAUGGGAAAGAAGAACCAGGAAGGUCCACCCAGUAGGAACAACCAAUUUGAUACUUAUGGAAAACACAACGGAGAAAUGUGUGUUAAGAUUGACACGUCUUGUGUUGGGGGAAAUAUUGAUGAUUCAAUCGAAGCGAUCACAGCGAACGCAGCACAUGGGAUAGUCGCUGCAGAGGUGGCCAGCGUGGUGAAGACUGCCAACCGGAAUGAGUUGCACCCCACGGGAAGCCUAUAUAAGAAAAAUUUGCUGCACCUCACACACGAAAAGGUGAAAAAGGGCCUCACGUUUGACGAAAUGAGGAGAAAGAGCUUCGAAGCCCUGCACAUUAGUGAGUCCGCAAAACCUCACGUGAAGUAUAAACACCACGAAAUGCGCGACAUGCGUAACAAGCGUGAAGUGCACGAUUUAUCCAACCAUUCCAUGCACGAACGGGAAGAGAGAAACAAAAAGAACGCGCGGAGAAGCGUAACCCCGUCGAGUGAAUCAGUAGAAAGGAAUUUUUUGCCAAAGAAGAGAAAGCUAAAUGGAACCGAGGCGAAGGACAGACAAAGCCAAAAGAUCAUCCCUCCAAGUGAACCUCUUGAAAAAAAUAAAAUGAAUCUUCCAAGUAGAGACGCAAACAUGAGUUACAACAAAACGGCGCCCAACUCUGACCACGGCAGAAGCGACAAAUCAAUGUUGAAGACCAACUUUAAGACAGAAAAAACAACCAACCCCUUGCAAAACAGAAUCUACGAUGCGACAAAACGAGGACAGGACAAUCCUUCCACUCGUGAAGAAAAUAAAAAAGAAAAUUGCAUUAACAUAUUUUCCCAAAAAAAAAACAAUUUCCAUGAGAAAAAUGUUACGAACACUUGUUCGGGUAGCUAUAAAAAGGAUCCCUUGCCGACUGGACGAAAAAACUUUGCAGUACCUUCAGAACUCAUUAAAAACUUUAACAAACAGUUUAACAUUACUGUGGGUAGUAGCUAUGAUGACAAGAUGGGGAAGACAACCUCAGCACCCCUUUACCACAGAGCAGCAGUAUCUGAGGUUUCUACGCUUGCUGCAGUUGGGAGAAACAAGGGGGCCUCUCGAGAGAGGAGCCUAAGUGGAAAUGAUGAGGAAAAAUUAAACAAAGAGAAAUCGACAAUGAGAGUAAAUAACGUUCCCACAGGGGGUAGCGGCGCCAUCCUAAGUAAAAACCUCAUCACAACCUUGAAGGAACCACAAGUGAGUAGCCAAAUUGGUGCCCCUUUUGGCAUAGCAAGCAAAUCACAACAGGAGAAGCAGAGUAACGACGCGAAGGAGGACGCAUAUUUUGGGGCGGAAAAUGGACCAUUUUGCGAAGAAAUAGACGAAGCGUUUUACGACAUCUUCGGUUUGGAUGCCUUGUCAAAGGAGAAGGAAACGCAGAAGGAAACAUCGCGAGAUGGCGCAGACGGGGCCACCGUUGCACACACGCCCAACCCCUGCAAUGGCGCUUCCCUGGUGAAGAAGACGAACUGGACUAAGGUGACCAAUAACGGAGAUGAGAAACCCCGGGGAAAAACAUGUAAGGAAGAGGAGCUCGGAACAAAAACGGAGGGCGAGUCGGCAAGUGGGCUUAUAGGCAACCAGGACGUUACACUCGCUGGCGCGGCCGAAAAGGUUGACGCGACCAAAGAGAGUGACGAGACUAGUGCGGCUAGCGAGGCCGAAGAGAUCAACAUAACUGACACGGACCACUCCACCGACAAUGCAAAUGCAGUGCCCAUGCGGGGGAAAGCACACAGGGAGAAGAGACUGCCAGGCAGCUCCUCGGCACAUGGAUUAUCGAACAAAGACGCCCCCGCAGGGAAAGGCAAAGAGAAGGACGAAAGAAGCCACACAUCAAAGGGGGCAUCAAAUAAAGAGGAAGGUACCACCUGCUUACAUGAACGUCACUACGGAAAGAAUGUAGAGGACGGGGUGGAUAAAAUUACUGACAAAAAUAACCAGCCCGAUUUUGCGAAAGAGAAAAAUGAGUGCCUCCCCUUCCUUGGUGAUGCCGACGUGAUAGGUAGAUUUCUCCAAAUGGAUUGGAAAAAGGGUGUUAGUAGCGCGCACGAUAGGAAGAAGGAAGAGCAUAGCGAAGUGUGUAGCGAAGUGCAUGUCGAUGAGGUGAGGACAGACCACACAGUCACAGUUGCACACGUGCAGGGGCACUUAGGGGCAACCGCCCAAAGGAACCACGCGACAACACAUAAUGAGAAGGGAAAAGGAGGGGACCUACAUCAGGACAAGGUACAGACGAAGCCCCUCACAGGGAUGAAGGAUCGGCCACAAGAGGGCACCGCGGCUGUUUCCUUAAAUGAGGAAAAUAAGUUAAGUAUGGAAAAAAAAAAAAAAGAGGAGGUGCACGAGGAUAAACGGGAUAAAGCGAAAGAACGGGAUAUUAAAAAAAAAGCCAAUCAGAGGAGUGAUGCCGACGCAUUGGGGACAACGCAAUUUGACUUGUUUGAGGAACGACCUAAAGCACACCACAAGGAAGGUUACACGGGGGAAUAUUCCUUGUAUGUAUUUCCCGGCGAAAAGGAAAAGCUUAAACGCGACGUGGAGGAAAUGCACGAAACGCGUGGAAAUAGUGAACAGCGCGGAAAAGCAAACACUGAUAAGGGAGAACUAAGAAUGUGUCUUCCCACAAACGCGAAGCAACGUUCUGUCGAUAUAGAGGAAAAAAUUCCACGUGCAAAACCAGCACUGUACUUGCCUGUCGGUGUUACUUGUGCCCACCAAGCGAAGACUUUUCCGAGGCAGAAAAAAAAGGACUACAAAGAGGAGGACGAACGGACGGAUAAGAAGAAAAGGGAAAAACAUUCCAUGAAUGACGAUAAGCAGGAUGGGGGUGGAGAUGGAGGUGCCAAUAUCAGCGGUGGUGUCAAUGAAAGUCGUGAUUGCCUGGACGAUGGGGAGAAGAGUCCAAGCAAGAAAACUCAGAACAACCAAUUCGGCCGGGAGGACAACCCCACUAUGAUUCCCCCGAAAUGUGCAGACAUGGAAGAAAGUGCACAAAGACCGACAACCAAAGUAACGGCAGAACCGUCGUAUCACAAAAAGAGGAAAAUUAUCAGUUCGAUUCCCCUCCGUCAGGAUGGAACUGCUCAUAGGAGGGAUUUACGAAGUGGCGAGAUGCACGAAGGGAAGAGUUUUUUUUCCACAGAGGAUGAGUCCCCAUUUUGCCAUAUGUAUUCGCCAAGGAAUGUUGCUGCCCAGAUUGGAACCGUCCAAAAGGAUGGCACCCCCGUUGGUAGCAGCAGCAGUAGUAGUGGGAGCGAAGUGGCAGAAGACAUGAUGAACGAUCCAUUAGUCAGUAACACACAUGGAAAAAGGAGGACAUCCUUGGCAAGUACAAAGAGGAUAGAAGUGAACAAAAGAAAUUCCUUCCUGGAUGGACUUUCCCCAGAUGAAAGUCUGAUGGAAGAUAAUAACGAGGAUUGUAAUGCAGACCCAUUUUGUGACCUUCCUUUUUGCCACGACUCUAACAUAAUUUACCAGUCGGACGAGAGGACCUACGAGGAUAAUGGCAGCUACAGACAGACUCUAAACCCAAAUGGAGAAAUUUCCUUUUCGCUAAAUAACGAUGACUUGUUUGAUGAGGCAGAGCAGGACACAGAAAGCAGAUACAAUGAAUGUGCUCGUGGAAAAAAUGGGAAGAACUUUUUUGACGAGGUGGAGAAGGAACAGCGGGAUGACAACAAGCCGUGCCAGUCGAAUGCAACAAAUCAAAGUAAACACAGAAAAUGUAAACAGGACCUUUUUGUCAACUUUGCGCAGAAACAAAUGAACGGAGAAAUUGUAGACUAUACGAAUGGGUGCCCCAUCCUGGGGUGCAUCCCCGAUGGUUACACCAAUGUUUCCACGGAAGGUAACCACCUGGUGGAGCGUUCCGACCAGAACCCAUUUUGCACUGGAGAAAAGGUGAAAAGCACAUUUAUGGAAUAUGUCGUAAGAAACAGCCUAAACGUCACCAUAGACUCUCGCCUGAUUAAUGACAACGAAUCUGUGAAGAAAAAAUAUGACCUCCAAAUUAAUGGGUUCAAAAUUGUGCAGCAGAUAGAUGCACUCUACCAGAGGAAGGAAACGAAUCAGAAUCGAACUGACAGUAGCGACUCCUCCCUUGUUGAAAUAUGUGAUUGUAACGCGUCGUUCGGAGGAAGCAAUGGUGAAGUGAACGGACUGCCACUCUAUGAAGGCAACUUAAUUGAGGUGGGCCACCUACACAAGGGAGUGCACCCCUCUCCAGGGGAAAACUAUCAGGAUGUUGCAAAGAAGGAAGAUACCCUUUUCCAGAACGACCUCAUGGAAGACAUUGCUCAUAUUAAGGCGUGCACUAUGAAUGUAUGCCAACUGGAUGAUGAGGAGGAUAAUAGCAACUGUGGUGAUAGAUCUGCUAAUCAUGUGAAGGAUGGACAGCCCCCUGCGGAUCUACCUAGCAGGAGUGAACCGUGCCUUGGUGUGAUUAACGAGGUUUGCUCACCGGGGGAUGAACCCCACUCUGCUACUACAGGAGACCUUACCCAAAGAGGAGGCGUUACUAUAGGUAACUAUGGCGUAUGCUUGGAGAUGGAAAAACAGAUUGAUGAUGCAGCUAUGAGCAGUGUAACAUUACCGGCUGGGAAGGACCUCGACGCGUCGGGAAGGUACACUCUGGGGAUCCAUCCAGGGGAAGAAAUCAGCGCAUUUUCUAUGCCCUACUCGAAGGGGAAGAAAAUCACUAUGCGUCAAGAUGAAGGCUGUGCCAUGCUUGACUUCGAAGAAAUAUACCACGUGGACGAUCUUACCAUGUGUCCGGAGAGCGGACUCACUGUUUGUGCGUCUUUUGAGCAGCCGGAAGGCCCCGAGAAGUGGAAAACGGAAAAGAACAGCAGGAGCCGCAGCAGCAGUAGGAGCAGCGUGAUCACCACGGAUGGAAGAAUCGAAGGGGAAAACCUCCCCCCGCAAAAGUGCACCGAAGAAGACGAAUUGGGCAUAGUCAGCUUGGACGUCCCGUCGGGCGAGCUCCACAGUGGAAGUUUGUUUCAGUUUUUUACCCGGGGUUCCUCUGAUGGAGGUCUCUCGGAGGAGCAGGAAGAAGAGGGAAUAGACCAGCUGGAAGACCCUGUAGAGGAGGUCGAUCAAAGGAAGGUCGAUCAAAUGAAGGACGACCUAGCUGCGGUGCAUCCACCCGAAGGGAAAGAAGGAACAACCCUCGAUAAUGCGAAAAAGGGUGACGAGGGGGAAGGCGCAAACCGUAUCGAAGAAUCCACAGCGCACAGCCAACAGGUUCACGAAGGAGGCCGCUCGAAGGGACAGGCAAAUAAGCCAGCCAGAAGGGGUGCACGUAGUGGGCCUCACCCGCUUAACCAGUUAGAUGAAGAAUCAUCUCUGGGGUCUAACAAGUGGGGUGACGUGGAUGGAGCUCCCCCUUUGGAUGUCACAAAGGUGGAUGUCUCCACAGACGACAAACUGGACGACGCGGAGUUAACUUGCAACGGGACAUCGGGCCAGUCAGCGCCAGAGAAGGAGGUCCCUAUUAAUGGGAAGGCCACCCCAGCAGAUGACCUACCACUUGGAGGGAAGGACGAAGAAGGAAGGGUCUCCCUUCAUGCAAACCACCGUGUGGAGGCGGAAAAACUAAAUCAGGACAUUCCAUACAUAACGAACAUUCAUAAGGAAAUGCACAGGUCGCCAGUGAUGCCUCUCCGAAUAGAAGCCUUUCACUCUUUGGAGGAUCAGAGGUUAAUCUAUGGAAGGCCCGAAUGGCAAAAGUAUCUGUGCCCCUUGUGCGAUAAGGCUUAUUACACCCCAAAUAGCUACAUGAAGAAUUAUACCCACUACCUGAACGAGCAUUGGAAGAAGAGAAAAAUCCUUGGGGGCUACAUUAUAUUCCCAUGCAAGUUAAUUCAUAACGGGAUGGAAGAGCAACAGGAGGAGAAAGACAAGUCAACACUCCCCUCAGAUGUGGUACACACGCCUUUUAUCAACAGUAAUGACUACUACUGUGCGUUGAAGAAAUUCGAAUCGGAGAAAAAUAUCACCAUUGAAGGAGUGAAUAAUAAAUGUGCCAGCAGCAAGGGUUCAACUAGCGAUUCUACGUCUGCGCAGUUUCUAGUGAGCACCACCAGAGCUGCCUCGCUGGAGAAACGCCCCAAUCAGAGUGAACAGAAAAACAAGGGGAAACACAGAAGAAGCAGCAGAGUUAUUUUUUGCGACGAGAUUCAAGUCAGGGAAUACGACAUUGAGUUGUCACGCAUUGAAAAAUUCGGCGCGAGCAUCGGCCCCGUUUUUACGGAGGACAAGGAGGAGGGAACCACGCCAAGCACGGAGAGCAAAGAAGGAAGAGUCCCCGAAUUAGCGAACAAACCAGCGGAGGGAGACAAAAAUGGAAUGCUUAGCAGAGAGGUGGAGGCGAAAGAUGGGGCGUCCCCAGAGGAAGACACACCCCCGGAGCAAACCACCAAGUGGGCGAUGAAAAAAUGCAACAAGGAUAUCUCUUCCAACGUUGAAGACGUUCAUUUGGAAGCAAACCCCCCCCAAAGUGGUAGUGUCAAUUUGAAGGACUCAGUAUACAUUCCAGGGGGAAAAGCCAAAAAGGACCAGGAGGCCAACACGCCAGUGAUGAGCAACACAGAAAGGAAAAUAAUCGAUAGGAGAAAAAAGAAAAAGCAGGAUGAAGAUCCAAAGGGAAGUCAUGCACCAAAUCGAAAGAAUCCCAAUGGUGGUCACAGAAAAGGCGUGUCCAACAACUUAGACGAGACCCCUCUUCUAAAUGGUAAAAGAACUGAGAGAAGUGGUGACCACAUGGAUAUAUACAAAGAGGAAGGCAUAGGAAAGAGCAAGUCUGGGGGGGAAGAACAGCCAAACGAAGAGGAGAACAUCACAUCGUCGUUUAGGAAUUAUCCAAGCGAACUGAUCAACGGAGAAAAGAAGGGAGAACAAAAGGUUAAUCGAACGGAGGACGACCCUUCCCUGAACCAUGCCAAUAUGGAAAAAAACCAAACAAAGGAUGAAUCGGGAAAAAAAAACAUCGAUGAGGAACAUUCCCCAGGUGCCCCCACCAACGAAUGCACCGACCCAAGCGGAAGUGUAAAGGUGGAAGGUGACCCCCCUCGAAGUGACAGCCUAAAUGAACUCAUCUCAUCCCUCUUCAGCAUUGAUAAUAAUAGCCCCUCUUCAAACAGCGAAAAUAAAUCAGUCCCAUUUUCCUGUCUGCUGUACGAAGAAAGUCUACAAAUAAAGGAACAGCCACUUAACGAAAUAUUACUCGAAAACAGAAUUGAAAAUAGCAAAGAAAAUAUAUUCAUUCCUGUGAAAAAAAAAAUGGGUAAGCGCAUGCGGAACGGAACUGAAAACAUGCACAAACGGAUCAUUUCAAAAUAUAAAAGGAAGAUUAAAAUAUGUACCUUAAAUGAAAAGAAAAAGGAAAGCACGUCUUUCUUCGAUUUUAAGAAUUACGAAAAUGUGUAUAUGCCCCCCAAGAACGUCAGCCUGAAUUUACCACCCCCCGAAAAGGAGACCCACAUUUUGAAGAAGGUGAUCCGGCCAAAGAAGAAGGAGAAAAUCCCCUCCCUCCACCUCAACUGCAGGCAGAGUGCCCGGAUAAAGAACCGGAACAAACUGACGCAGUAG